GAUCCGAAACCGUAUAUAAUUUUCAGUCUGGCGAUAAGCCGGGAGGCUGCGGCUGGGCUGGUGGUGGUGGAGCAGACAUGGCUGCGCAGAUGGCGGUAAAUUCAGGAGCCAGUCUGUGGGGUCCACUGAAAGAGUUAUGGGAGACUGUGGAGGGCUCAAUAUGGAGGAAACAACCAGAAAGUGUUCAUCUUCUGGAUUUGCAGUUGAAAAAAAACAAGCCCUACUUUCUGUCUUUGUUCAAAAACCCGCCAAAAAGUGCAGAGCAGAGAGAGAAAGUGAGGAAAGCCAGCACAGAGGGAAUUUCUAUUCAGGGCCAGCAGGGCUCACGACUUCUCCCUGAGCAGCUGCUUACAGAGGCGUUUAUCCUCAGUGAUCUCUUCGACAUUGGAGAGCUUGCAGCACUUGAACUGUUGCUUGCAGGAGAGCAUCAGCAGCCUCAUUUUCCCGGUUUGACAAGGGGUUUGGUGGCUGUUCUGCUGUACUGGGAUGGCAAGCGCUGUGUGGCCAACUCUCUGCGCUCUCUCAUCCAGUCACGUCAUGGCAAAACUUUCACUCUCGACCUUGGUGCGGAUUUGGUUAGUCUCACCACACGCUUUACAGAUGAGCUGAUGGCUCAGGGAUUGGCCAAACAAAUCCUGAACCUUGUGUCAGAUAUUAAUGUCACACGGGAGUUUGAGAGGCUGCAGAAGGAGCGAGGACUUGGCAACGAGAAACAUAGGAAAGAGGUGUCUGACCUCAUCAAAGAGUGCAGACAGUCGCUAGCUGAGUGUCUGUUUUCAUGGACGUGUCAGUCACCCCUUAACAAAGAUGAUAUGCUUGCCCUGAUUGGUCAUCUGGAAACAGUCACAGCAGAAGCUGAUGGCUCACUAGAUAGUGUGAACCUUGCACUGGUCAUGGCAUUGCUGUACUGCCUGGAUGUCAGUUUUCUGGAGCAAGGGACAGAAGACCGAGACGACCUUCUCCAAGCCCUGCCCUUACUGACAGAGAAGCAGUAUGUGUCAGCAGUGCACAGUCGUCUGGUAGAGGGUCCGACAUGGAAGCUUCCUGGCCUACAGGCAGUGGUGCGGCUGACGUGGGCACUGUCGCUCAGGGCCCUCUCUCAGCUUCCCCAGGGUGCAGGUUUGGUAGAGUUUACAGAGGCAGACGAAGCUCUGGCUGACCAGGCCUUGCUGGGUGGAGUGUUCCUUUUCCUGACUGAGGGUAUUCUGGGAAGUGAAGGCUUUCACCAGGAGGAGUUCUACACUCGGCGCCUUCAUGCCCUCAUCACUGAUUUCCUGGCUCUUAUGCCCAUGAAGGUAAAGCAGUUACAUAACCGAGCUGAUGAAGAUGCUCGACUAAUUCACAUGGCACUGCAGAUGGGCAGUGAGCCUCCAUCUCUCCGGAAAGACCUGGAACACCUCAUGAUACUGAUUGGUGAGUUCUACAGUAAAGACCCAUUUGGACUGGAGCUAGCCCUGGAGUUCUGGUGUCCGUCAGAGUCCAUGCAGCAUACUUCACUUGCUGGAUCCUUUUUGGGAGUUGCUCUUCAAAGACCUCCUCACAAACAGGUGGUUCUCUCCAAGUUCGUACGUCAGAUGGGGGACCUGCUGCCUGCCAAUCUGUAUAUCCCCUAUUUGCGCAUGCUGAAGGGGCUGGCCAAUGGGCCACAGUGCUCACACUAUUGCUUCAGUCUGCUCAAGACCAAUGGAGCUCCGCAUGGCGAGAAUCUGCAGGGUGGUGUAUCAGGAAGCCCAGUGUCAUGGGAGCACCUGUUCCAUUCUCUUAUGCUGUACCAUGAAAACCUACGGCGGGAUGUCCCGAGCACAGAUUCCACUCAGUACCGCCAUCCACCCAUCAGAGGAAUCACACAGAGAGAGCUGGAUGGUCUAACUGCUUUCCUUCAACUGCUCACCACCAUCAUCAACUGGAGUGAGAAUGCACGGCUGGCUCUGUGUGAGCACCCUCAGUGGACUCCUGUGGUGGUGAUGCUGGGCUUACUACAGUGCAGUGUGCAGCCAGUGCUGAAAGCCCAGCUCCUCCAUGCCCUUGCUGCUUUUGGAAAGUCCCCUGAGAUUGCUGCGUCUCUCUGGCAGUCUUUGGAGUAUACACAGAUCCUGCAGACAGUGAAAACUCCUGGACAGAGACAAGCAGCAGGAAUAGAGGUGGAGCUAAAUGAGAUUGAGUCCAGCUGUGAGGAGUACCCCUUGACUCGGGCGUUCUGUCAGCUGAUUAGCACUCUUGUGGAGAGUUCACUUCCAGUUAAUCUCGGAGCUGGACUACGUGCGCCGGGAUUUCAGCCUUAUUUGACCUUUUUGCGAGAUGCUGUAUUUCUGCCCUUUCCAACUCGAGCCUACCGUCGACCAGCAGAGAAGUGGGAGGUAGCAGAGGCAGUCCUGGAGGUGUUCCACAAGCUGCUGAGGGAUUAUGAGCCUCAGCCAGCAGACUUCCUGCAGGAGACUGUUGAGCUGCAGGGGGAGCAGGUACCGGCUCAUAAGCCCCCGGGCCACAGCCUGAUGUUUCAUCUUCUGAAUGACUCCCCCACUCUGUCUCUGUGCCUCAGUCUGCUGGAGGAGGGUGUCCGCCAACUAGACACUUAUGCUCCCUUCCCUGGUAAGAAGCAGUUGGAGUCAGCAGUGCUGCACUGUCUGAGUCUGCUGGACCUGGCCCUACAGAAGGAAGUGGUGUUCAUGGACUUGCUGAGGGAAAGCCAGGCUUCCAUGCUGGUCUCUCCACUGGAGCAGCUACUGCAGGGUGUCAGUGCCCAGAGCAGAAGAGCCGACCACAUAAUCAACAUCGCCAGGUAUUUGUAUCACAGUAGUUCCAACCCUGAGGCUGCGUUCCUGAGCGCUAAGAUCCUGCGGCAUAUUGCACGUUAUCCCAACAUUCAGUCUAGAUUGGUUGGAGACUUUACCCAUGAUCAGACAGUGAGUGAUAAGCUGAUGGCUGGUUUUGUUGAGUGCCUGGAUAACGAUGAGGCCCAAGAGGGUGUGGACAAAACAGAUGACUCAGAUCCAGAUAAACGCAUUGCCAGAAUUCGACAUGAGACGCAGAUCCACAUUCUUAACCUGUUAAUUACCUCAUUGGAGCUCAAGGGUCCUAACCUGGCCCUCUACCUGCUUGGGUAUGAGGUCAAGAAACCAGUCUCCUCCACCAACCUACAGGAUCCAGGAGUUCUUGGUUGUCCGCGGAGUUGCCUGCAUGCGAUUCUAAGUUUGCUCCAGCAAGGCAGCGAGAGACGUUCUGGACCAAUCCUUACACAACAAGCCCCACACCUGGCUGAACUCUGCUAUCAGGUGAUCUACCAGCUGUGUGCAUGCUCCGACACCUCUGGACCCACCAUGCGUUACCUGAGGACUAGUCAGGACUUCUUAUUCUCUCACUUGAAGCACUUACCCUUCAUCCUGCCUGGCAAUGAAAUCCCUUCCCUGAACCAGAUGUCCUGGCUAAUGAAGACUGCAGCCAUCGAGCUCAGAGUUACCUCGUUGAACCGCCAGCGUUCACACACUCAGAGACUGCUCAACCUUCUGCUGGAUGAUCAGCCACACAUGCAGCAUGCAGAUGCGGAGUUGGGCAUGGAUGAUGAUAGUAAAACAGUCAGCAGUUUCUUGCACUUUGACACAGUUUCUAAAGUGCGCAGAAAGCUUCUGAGUGUUCUGGAUGCUAUAGACUUCAGUCAGGAGGUGCCUGAGCAGCUGCAGCUGGAUUUCUUUGAGCGUACUCAGAUCGAGCAGGUCAUUUCUAACUGUGAACACGUCAAUGAGCAAGGGCACACCGUCUGCAAUGUCAAGUUGCUCCACAGGGUCUUGGUUGCAGAGGUUAACGCACUGCAGGGGAUGGCUGCAAUCGGGCAAAGACCGCUGCUGAUGGAGGAGGUGAACUCCAUCCUGCAGCAGGUGGUGGAGAGGAACCGGGUGCGGCGCAGUCUCAGUGCUAAGCGUCAUGCCCUGCAGAGCUGGAGGAGUCUGGUGGAGACGAUUCUCACAGCCUGUCCUGCUGAACUCAUCCCUGCUGAUCAGAGACAGCUCAUCAUCCGAGACCUGCUGCUUGACCUGCAUGACAAAGUUUUAUCAGAGGACGCUGCUGUUGAGUUGAUGCCAAUCGUUGCUGGAGCAGUGUUCACCUUGACUGCACACCUCAGCCAGUCUGUGCUGUCAGAGCAGCAGCAGGGAGCUGGACUGGAGGGUGGCUCUUCAUCAGGCUUCGCCUCUAUUGCCAACUCUGCUCUUCACCUCAUUCUGAGAAAGCUGCUGGACUUUAUCCUGUGCACAGGUGGUGGGUUUCAGCGUCUGCGUGCCCACCUGUACGGCUCCCUGCUCUAUUACUUGCAGAUCGCCCAGAAACCUGAGGAGCCAGACACGCUUCAGACAGCAAUGUCCAUGUGGGAGCGACUAACUGCUCCUGAAGAUGGCUUUUCUAAGCUGCAGAGAGAAAACCUGGCCAUCAUCGAGAGCUACGGCACUGCUCUGAUGGAGGUUGUGUGCAGGGAUGCCUGUGAUGGGCAUGAGAUAGGCAGGAUGUUGGCUCUGGCCGUGCUGGACAGGGUAUUGUCUAUAGACAGGCAGAGCCAGUGGCUAGUCUAUCUGUGUAACAGUGGCUACCUGCGUGUGCUUGUGGAAAGCCUGCGGCAGGAUGACGCAGCACUGCAGACCCUCCUGAUGCCCCAGCCUCCACUGCUCAAACCAUUAUACAUCUAUGAGUCCAAGAUGGCUUUGCUGACUCGUGUGGCUAAGACGGCACAGGGAGCUGUAGAGUUACUCUGCUGUGGGCUGGUGGCUCAGCUCGUCGAGUGCCGGGUGUUCCACAUGCUGCCCGAGAAUGACUCCCUCAGAGUGUAUGGUCAGAGGGAUCCAUCAGGGUUUAUCCCAAGCCCCCUGGAGCGAUACAGACAGAUCCUCCUCCCUACACUCAGACUCCUGCAGGUUAUCCUGACCUCCACCACCACACACCACCAGCAGGGGGCAGCACAGGUUCUCCAGUGGCUGAUUGUGCACUCGGACACUAUUCAGUCUAUCUUGCGCAGUCAGGAUGUGAGUAUGGGAUCACUACAGGAACUCUCCCUCCUCACAGCCAUCAUUAGCAAGACUGCACUACCAGGAGCUUUGGAUUUGGGACAAGAAAUCAACAGUGCAGCCCUGCUGGAGUUCCAAGGACACAUUGGAAGAUUCCAGCGCCAAAGCCUGUCUCUGCUCGUACGCCUGGCAGGCACUGAGCGUGCUCGCUACUUAAAGCAAAUAGAGGAAAGUGGUGCUCCUGGUGAUACAGCAGAAAAAAGAGAGGAGAUGGAGGUUGCCAUACAACAGGUGUGUGCUAACAUAACGGAGUACUGUCAGACGCUGCUCCUGCAAAGCUCAGCUGAAGCCCAGUUCACUGUCUGCCUCUUCAGCCCUUCUGCUAGUGAGCCAACAGACAUGGCAGUACCAUCAGUGUCACGGGUACCAAGUCUGGGGCUUGUCCUGCUUCUGCUGAAGAACAGUGCCACAGACUUCUUUCGAUACCAUGACAGCCACCGACAGAGCCUGGGCAAACUGCAGAGGCUGGAGCAGCUUGCCCCAGAAGAGCUUAAAGAGCUCUGCCAGGGCCUGGUGUCUGGUUCCGGUGGAGUGGAGAAGAUCCCAUCAGUGCAGAGGAGUGUGCUGGCCAAACGCCGUCUUGUCCAGCUCGUAAACAAUCGUGCCAAGCUGUUGGCUCUCUGCUCCUACAUCAUUGAGACCUGCCUCUUUGUGAUCUGGCGCCACCUGGAGUAUUACCUCCUCUACUGCACACCUAUUGAUCCCAAGGACUCCCUGCUGCCAGGGUACAGAGAUGCUAGCGGGGGUGGAGGUUUGGGGCUGUCCAGGGUCAGCCAACAGGAUCUGGAACAGUUGCAGAGUGAUGUUGCAAGGAGCUUCACAGAGCCCUUACAGAGGAAGCUGCUGGAGGUGGAGGGACUCUACAGCAAAACUCACUCUCGCCACACCUUCAUCCAGGCCCUGACACGGAGGAUCCGUGGCCUGGUGCGCCACACCAAGAGCUAGACACCUGUGAACAGAUUUACUGCUACACACACCACUUACAGUCACCAAUCUUCUGCUAUGGUGAAAGCAAUUUAGUACAUCACGUUUCUAACUUUUCCUUUCUGCAGCCGAUGCAUCCAUGAAUUGUUUCAUGUUAAGAUUUUCUGAUGUCUUUGGAUAUUGAUUUUUUUUUCUAAUUAAUAAAAGGACUAAAUAUUCUAA